AUGGUGGUGCGGGGCCAGCAAGAUCUGGACGCCAACAUCGUCCGCUGGGGCCUCCACCACCUCCUCGACGGCGGCGGCGGCUGCGUGCACCGCCCUCAAUCCCCCACCACCGACUACGCCCCGCCGCCGCCGCAGCCGCAGCGCGCCCGCGCCCUUCUCGACGGCCACGACAUGGCCCCCGCCCCCGCCUCCGCCUCCGCCUCCGAGGUCAGGGUCGACGCGGUCGAGAACGACGAGGUCAUCGCGCACGCGCUGCAGGAGGAGCUGGCGCAGGUCGCCAUGGCCGAGGCCUCGGGGGCCGGCGGCGGCGAGGCCGAGCGCCGCGCCACCGUCCUCGCGCAGCAGUGGUUCCGCCCCGAGGUCGUCAGCUAUCUGCCCUCAGCUCCACCUUAUGUAGAAGAAGCAGAGGGCUCCAGUCCAUGUUCGAGCCCCGAACAAGGUAGCAAUGCGCGCGACGGCCAGGGCUGCUCCAUAGAGCUUGUGGAUGAUUUCUCUGCUCUCGACGGCGAAGUCGGCAAAAGACUGAAUGACAUGGUCCCUGUCCCUCAUGUCCCUAAAACAAACGGAGACAUUCCUUCUUUUGAUGAAGCCUUUUCAGAUCACCGAAGACUUCUUGACAGGUUGGUGCUGUAUGGCCUGGUUGAGCUCAAGGUUAACGGAGAUGGCAAUUGUCAGUUUCGAGCAUUGUCCGAUCAAUUCUACCGAACUCCUGAACACCAUAGAUUUGUACGGCAACAAGUGGUCAAUCAGCUUGAGUCUCAUCCUGAGAUAUAUGCUGGAUAUGUCCCUAUGGAUUACAGAGAAUACCUUAAGAAGAUGCCAAAGAAUGGAGAGUGGGGUGACCAUGUUACACUGCAGGCGGCUGCAGACUUGGUAAGCAUGAUUCUUCCUUCCUCACCAUUUUUACUAGUAGAUUUGUUACGUGCAUUCUCAGGGUAUCUAUGCAGUGCAUAUAGUACAUCAUUGACUAGUAAUUCACUCCCUCCAUCCCAUAAUAAUAUAAGAUGUUAUUACUACCAAUAUACUCACAUAUUGGUAGUAAUAACAUACUAUAUUAUGUAUAUUGGUAGUGGUAACAUAUUAUAUUAUAGGAUGGAGGGAGUACCUUUGACUCUGCCAUCAUAUAUAUUAGAAGAGCUAUAUUGCAAUUUCACACACGAUUUUACAAUGUGA